CACGUACUUUCCCUUCAUAAAAAUACCAAAAAUUUCAGCCAAAAAAACAUUAAUCCAAGCUGCUAAGAACACAGAGGCUUAAAAACGGGGGGUCAACCAUAAGUAAGUUGCUGCGUGAGCAGUGAUACAUUAUCAGAGGCAAAGAAGAAAGGUCAAAAAUGGGUCUUCUUACAAAUAGAGUUGAGAGGAAUGAGAUCAAACCAGGAGAUCAUAUUUACACUUACAGAGCUGUUUUCGCUUACUCUCAUCAUGGAUGUUGAUGAUGCUUGAAUCAAGCUCAAUAUUGUGCAUAUGCUUGUUGAAUGUCAAAUCAUGUAGGUAUCUUUGUUGGUGGAAGCAAGGUGGUUCAUUUUAGACCUGAACGUAACUUGGAUUCCAGCAUUGAUACAUCUUCUAAUCUAUUGGAUCCGACAUUCCCUCAAUCAACUUGUCCAACUUUCCCUGAUUGCGGCUUCCGGCAGCCAAACAGUGGGGUAGUACUCUCAUGCCUGGAUUGUUUCCUUCGAAAUGGAUCUCUCUACUGUUUUGAAUACGGGGUGACCCCAUCCGUUUUCCUUGCCAAAGUGCGAGGAGGCACAUGCACCACUGCAGCCUCUGAUCCUCUUGAAACAGUUAUCCACCGGGCAAUGUAUCUUCUUCAAAACGGGUUUGGAAACUAUGACAUAUUCGAGAAUAACUGCGAGGAUUUUGCUCUGUAUUGCAAAACUGGUCUUCUGAUUCUAGACAAUCUAGGAAUUGGAAGAAGUGGUCAGGCCUCUUCCGUGAUAGGUGCCCCAUUGGCUGCGCUUCUUUCUUCCCCGCUAAAGCUUUUGAUGCCAAGUCCUAUAGGUGUGGCAACAGUUACAGCCGGAAUGUACUGUAUGACCCGAUAUGCAACUGAUAUAGGCAUUCGAACUGAUGUGAUCAAGGUGGCGGUUGAGGACUUGGCCGUGAGCCUAGGCUGGGCAGGGCGUCCUGAUGAAGCAGCUGAAGAAAAUGAGGCUUCUAACAGACAAGUUGUGGCAUUGUGACAUGAUCUGUAUUUAUUCUGCAUGAGAAUAAAGCAGUAGCAUAGACUUGAUUGAACUCCUAAUGUGAUUGUCGCCUCCAAGUUUCUCACUGCUCAUAACAUUGUUAACUUUUCUCAGGCUAGUUUCUUGCCGUUUAAGCUAUGCUAUAUUCGGACAGAACUUGAGAUAUGGAUUAAAUGAAAGCCAUGACAUUGCUUGUUAUUAUGGAUAACAAAUUAACAAUCUCUGAUGUAAAUAUAUAAAAUCUUUUACUGAAAA